AGAUCCUCAAUCACAUGACCAGUUUCCAUUUCCUAUUACUAUUGUAUCACACUUCCAUGUUUUUCGUCUCAAACAUCAACCGUUAUGUAAACCACAGACGUUGUCACUGUCGUGUGAUUUGUCGCACAUAUAAAGUUAGUGAACACGUCCCGUCACCGCAGAGGGAAACAACAUGGCGACCAACUGUGUGGUUUUCCAGAGCAAGUUAACCUCCAUCAUGGAGAUCUUCGCUAAAGCUGCUGUGGUGGAGAUCAGUAAACUGUGGGAGGACGGGUUCAACCUCGUUCAGGUGGAGCUGCGCCGCAGAGAGAGCGAGAUUGAAGCCCUGAACAGAAAGCUGCUUUUGAUGGAAAAAGAGCGCUGUCACACUACAAGUAUGUCUUCUUCAUCAUCAUCUUCCUCAUCAUCUUCCUCAUCAUCUUCCUCCAAAAGAGAGCAACAGAACGUGCUGCUGCCGCCCAACGGUGAUGGGCCGAUUAUAGAUUCAGUGCAGACAUUGUGUUCCGAUCAGAGCGUCAGAGAGAAGGCGGACACUUCAGCGAAUCACCAAACGUCACCAUCACAGACAGAAGAGAUACAAUGUGAGCAGCUCAAGUUGGACCUCUAUUUGAGUGACGAUGAUGACGAUGAAGACCUAAUAGUGAAGCUUGAGGACGAGGACGACGUUCAGAUCGUGGAGCAGACUGUGGAAACGGAUCACAGCGUUAACGAUGGUCACCUUGAGCUGGAGGUGGACCUCCAACCUGUCGAGGCGAUGGAGGAACAAGAGAGCCAGCAGUGGUCGUCUGUUUCCGUGGGAGACAGCGACACUGUGGACGACUCGGACUGCUUCUUUGAGCCGAAGCAGCUGGCACAACAUCUGGACUCAGAAAUCCUGCUCAUUCACAACGCUUUGGACAUUUUUGAAAGUUCCUCCGAGGCAGCGUACUCGGACAGGUUUAUGAGGGAUGAUGGACAAGGUGCAUCGAGUAAAUCAACUAUGACUUUAAGCCAGGCUCAGCCAAGUCAAACUACAGAAGCGAUACACCCAGAGAGAGGAGUGUCCAUCAGGUUCUACCCAGAUAAACAAUCUCCAACUAAAGACUUUUCAGCUUUUAACCCGGACAGCCGAUUCUUUCUUUUUAACGACCCCGAGUUGCAUAAAACCAUAGCGAGUGGCUGCAUUAAUGAGAAGUGGUACAUCUGCCCGUUCUGCGGUAAAAGCUUCGAUCGCGUCAGCCACCUGGAGAUUCAUCAGAGGAUUCACACGGGAGAGAAGCCGUACACAUGCGAGAUGUGUGGAAGGUGCUUCUCUCAGAGGAGCAACCUGCGCACUCACCAGCGGACUCACAGAGAGGCUCUUUCCCAAAACGCAGUUUGAAGAUUGUUGUGAGAAAAUAUGUGUGUCGAGAUGAACUAACCAAUUCCCUUUUUAUAAUACUAAAGAGUAAUGUAGCCGACUGAUUUUACUGUGCAUUUGUUCUUUAUGUUAAAAUAUAUUUGAACUUUGACAUAGGUUGGAGUGUAAAGACUCAUUGUUGGACUUGUGUACUGUUCGUUAACCCAGCCGUUAAGAGAUUCAUCAAGGAAAACCAUGUGGGGCAUCCCGCACCUCUCCAAGAUGGUAAACCUUGCAAAUCUACACAUGAGCAUUAUUUCAGUUAUCAGAAAUAAUGAGGAUGUAAACCUGUAAACCAGGAAAUCUAAUAUAAGUUUAAAAAAUGUUGCGAUCUAUGAUCCCUCUAUCUUCAUGUUGAGGUAACACAAAGUAAAUUGUUUGAAGUUUUAAAAAGAACAACGACUCAUACGCUGUACUUUUACAAAUAAACCUUUUAACAUU